CUAAUUCACAUCUCUGAGCUCAAUGAAUGUUAUGAUCCCUUGGUUUAUCCACUUUUGUUCACUCAUAGUGAGCAGGGGUGGGUUCCCUAUCAAAUUCUAUAUAGAGAUAUCCCCCUUGCAUCUGAAACAACUAAUAUUUGCGAAGUUCCUAAUGACGUAAAUAAUGAUGAAGGUGAAGACGAUGUGGAAUAUGAUAAUG